GUUUGUGAUUGACUGUGAGUCAAUAUCAUAACAUAUGUGUUGAUAUUGAUAUCAUCAUAUUCAUACGUGUAAUAUAAUGUAGUGUAGUGUAGGGGUAUAUGCUACUGAUCUAGUUCACCAUACUCUAUCUCUGACUCUAUAGAGAAAAAGAAAGAAUUAAUACAAGUGUGUGAUCAGAUCAUCUUUUCUUCUCUUCUUAUUAAUUACAGUACUUAGUAUGCUCCGUCCGUCCAUAGAAUUUGAACAAGCACAAGCAUUGUCUUAAUCGCUUAUUCUUCCAAAUACUUGUUUGUAUUCAUUCAUUCAUCCUACUCUCUCUCUCUCUCUCUCUCUCUCUCUCUCUCUCUACCCUUCCUGUUCUGUUCUGUUCUGUUCUGCUAAUCAUAUCACAUGGCUUCUCAACUGCAUCCUGCUGCUCAUGACUCUAAGAAUAAAAGAUGGAAUCAAACAAUUCUCUUGUCAAUUCAAAUUAUUGGAAUAGUUUAUGGUCAACUUAGCACUGCUCCCUUAUAUGUGUUCGGGACAAUGCGAGCGCAAGAUCUUGAAUCCGAGGAAGUUGUUUAUGAACUCUUCUCCUUCAUUUUUUGGACUCUAACAACUAUUUCUUUGAUCAAGUAUGCCAUCAUAGUGCUCAAAGCUGAUGAUAAAGGAGAGGGUGGUAUUUUUGCUUUAUACUCACUGUUGUGUAGAAAUGCAAAAGUUGGCCUACUCCCUUGUGAUAGAACCACUGAUGAGGUCGUGCUUUUUGAGGAGACAACAACUCCUUCUUCUAAGAUUAAUACUGAUUCCAAAGCACGAAGGGCCAUUGAGAAACACAAGUCCUGUCACUAUUUGAUAUUGUUCUUGGCCCUCUUUGGUUCCUGUAUGACAAUUGGGGCCGCAGUCCUCACUCCAGCACUCUCAGUGUUAUCAGCUUCAUAUGGUGUUCAGAGAUCCUUGUCAGACUUGGCACAAUUAUUUUCAUCGUCACAACAUACUCGGGAUUCCGUCUCAAAUGUUCUACAAAAAUAUGUACCUGUUCCCUCUGCGUGUGUUAUAUUGAUUGGCCUGUUCGUGCUGCAGCCCUGCGGCACGCAUAAAAUUGGGUUCAUGUUUGCUCCAAUUAUUGCUGUUUGGCUUUUGUUUGUUGGUGUGGUGGGAGCCUGUAAUAUUUUCAUCUGGGACGUCAAAAUUAUCUAUAAAAUAUCCCCACUAUACCUGUUCAAAUUCGUGAGGAAUAUUGAUGUCAAAAGAUGGAGAUUAUUAGGAAGCGCCAUUUUAUGCGCAGCAGGGUCAGAGGCAAUGUUUGCAGGCCUAGGCCAUUUUUCCAAGAAAUCAAUCAAGAUUACAUUUAUUUGCUUGAUCUAUCCGCUUCUGGUGAUAUGCUAUGCGGGUCAGGCUGCAUAUAUCUCUAAAAACUUGAACACUCGAGAUUUUAAUCAUCUUAGUCAAUCCGUACCGCGUCCAUCCAAACAUGUAUUCAUAGUAUUGUCCCUACUUUCUUCGGCUGUCGGAAGCCAAGCAACUAUAACAGCCAGCUUCUCCAUCAUUAACCAAUGUCUAGCACUAAAUUGUUUUCCCAGAGUAAAAGUCAUUCACACAUCAAAAACAAUACAUGGCCAGAUUUACAUCUCCGAUGUCAACUGGUUAUUGAUGAUUUUCAGUCUAGCUGUGACGGUUGGUUUCAGAGACAUGGUGAAGAUUGGCAACGCAACAAGUUUGGCUAUAAUAUGUGGAAUGCUUGUGACAACUAGUCUCAUGUCACUAAUCAUUGCUUUGUAUUGGGAGAAGAAUUUGAUGAUAUCUGCAUGCUUUCUGUUAUGUUUUGGCCUCGUUGAGGUUGCAUAUUUUUCGGCGUGUAUGCUGCAAUUUCACAAGGGAGCUUGGUAUCUAGUUGUCCUUUUGGUUGUGUCGAUGACAGUCAUGCUUUCAUGGCAUUAUGGAACAGUGAAGAAGUAUGAGUUUGAUUUGCAAAACAAGGUGUCAACUGAAUGGCUAAUAGAUGUCAGUCCAGGCCUUGGGAUUUCAAGGGUAGCUGGAAUUGGGUUCAUUUACACAGACAUAGUAGCAGGAAUCCCAGCUUUCUUUUCACAUUUUAUCACUAAUCUUCCUGCAUUUCAUCAAGUGUUGAUCAUGGUGUCAUUCAAGUCAAUGCCGGUGCCUCAUGUUCCCGAAAGUGAAAGGUAUCUCAUAGGAAGGAUUGGGCCAAAAUAUUAUAAAAUAUAUCGUUGCAUUGUGAGAUAUGGAUAUUGUGAUAAUAAUAUAAGGGACACGAGUGAUUUUGAGGAGAAAAUCAUCGGUGCUAUAGGAGAAUUCAUUUCCAUUGAACAGAUGAGUGACAUUGAAUCAAUGGUUUCGGCAGAAGAAAAAAUGAUGAUAGUGGGAAAUUCAUCAGAUGGAAAUGCAUUAGUCCCUUUGAUGAAUGAUGAAACAUGCAAUGAAGUUAGCAUUACUAAUGAAGCUCAGAUUAGCCCAGCAGUAAUUGAGGAAAAUGAUCAUGCAUUGUUGGCGAGUAGUAGCUCUUGCAACAAAAGAAAAAAAGUACGGUUCAUGUUGCCUCCUGCUAGUAGUAGUCCUAAAAUGGGAGAAUCUGUGAGGAAGGAGCUGUUGGAACUAAUUGAUGCAAGGGAGAGUGGUAGUGCCUAUUUCUUGGGACAGUCACAUUUAGUGGUUCGUGAUGGCUCAAACUAUCUCAAGAGAUUCUUAAUCAUGGUUUUUCGUUUCUUUGAAAAGAAUGGUCGUGAACCUCCGGUUGCUCUCAAAAUCCCUCAUGCUGCUCUUGUAGAAGUUGGUAUGAUAUGUACUAUAUAACUAUAACUAUUUCUUCACUUUGCUGUCUGUCUGUCUCUCAUUAAUUAAUUCUAGGAGGAGGUUAAAGUUGAUAAAAUCAGAUGCAUACAUACAUUGAUAUAGAUAGAAUCAAAGGAGAAGUGAGAGUUGUAUACAAACCAAAGAAAUAACUUCUUGUCUAUGAAUCAAAGUGCUUCUUAUUUGUGCUUAA